AUGGCCACGUGUACGAUCCCUGAUCCCGGCGCUAACGCCCAUGUUCUCACCGAGGGGACGUUGGAGACGGGGGAGGUGGCGUACUACGAGUGUGAGGAGGGGUACACAGUCAGCAAGGGCAGUCUGAUGUCGGCGUGUCUCCCAUCAGGCAAAAUGAGCAGCGACCCACCUGAAUGUGUCGAGAAAGGAAGUACUAUAAGGCCCAGCAACAACAACGACAUCCGACCUCGAGGCGGCACCUUCGGUUGCUACGUCUCCUUCACCGGCAACGACGACAUGUACAUGAUCGAUGCCCCCGGCAAGGUCAUUGCCUGGGAGUUCUACCUUACGUUCGCAGGAACAGCAGCCUUUCAAAUAUGGCGGCCUACCGAUGACCCUGCGACUUUUACCCUGGUUGGGCAGAAUUCGAUAUCUGCUACGGCUGUUCGUCCCCACGUUGUCAACAUUCCUGCUGGAGAACAGAUUGAAGUUGAAGCUGGUGACAGAAUAGGUGUAUAUAAUCCGUAUGAGCGAGCGGGGAUAACCUAUGACACGAACCGUGCCCAAGGUGAAGGCAGCCUUAAACUGGCCUCAAACGUGUGGUACGUCAGCGAUUUCGUUAUCAACAAUGACUACGAGUUCAAAGAAAGCAGCCCGUUGAGGAUCAUGUCUUUCAGAGCUAUCCUCGGACCCAAAUAGUGAAAGAUUCGUCUGACAUGUAUGUGUACGAACAAAGAAAGACCUCCGACUGCGUCCGAAAUCGAACACGACCCGUCCACAACUGAACAAGUUUCGAAAUUAUGUUUUCUUUUCCUACUAUCAGUUAGGAUAUAUAAUUACCGCUAUGAUGUGUGAUUUCGGGCAUAUUUAAACCCAUUAUACAAGAUAUCAUAGUUUUUAAUACUCUGAUAUCAGCAUUUAGUCCAGUCAAUGAAUGCAUACGAUGUAUAUUCUGUUAAGGAAUGUGUCGGAUUUUCAUGCAUUCUGAUUAAGCUGAGGCUAAUUUGAUGUUGCACUAUUUAUGUUGUUGAGUAUAGUGUUUUUCAAUGCCCUUGUUUUAUUUGUUUACUGUGGUUCUAAAUACUUAUGCAGCGAUAAAUAAACUUAAUGCAAGCAGA